CUCUGAGCAGUUUUUAAUCUAUCUGAAACAUGCCCGGGACUAUGGAAAGAUCUGGAUUUCAGAGGCGGCGGCUUUGGUGUGUUCAGCUUUACGACAGCGCUGGAAACCCUCGUGGAGCGCCGUGUGGAUGGAAGCACAUUACUGCCUUUCACUCUACCACCACAGCACAUGCUCCGGCAUAAAAGGCGCUGAAAGGCGACUCCGGCUCCUCCUCCGCUGCCUCCGCUGCUCCAUGUGUUACGCUCAGGCUUUCUGCUUCAGCUCACACCCAUCCGGCUCGCUGGGACUGGCGGUCACGACUCUGCUCCAUACCUUCCAUGCUGACGAGGGAGGGAGGGAGGGAGAAGGAUCCCCAGGAGGAGCAGCAGGCGCGCUACGCCCCUGAUUCCCACAGACUGAGCCAUCAGUAACUUGCAGCAGAAUCACUUGGGGGAGGCGGGGGGAGCAAGCAGGAGUGGGGAGGGCGAAGGAGGGAAGGAGACUGUCGGGGUUUUAAAAAGGAAAUUGCACACUUUAGUCAAACAGAGCCCGAGAGGAGUCCUUUCGUUUUGGAGGAAUGAAGAAGAAAGAACACGUGAAAUAAACACAGAUAAGGACCGUAGCUCUUCCUGACAGCAGCAACAGCGCUUUCUGUCAGAGGCAAAAUGAUUCCUCCCAGCAACGCUACUGAAGUCAGUGUGGAGAGUGUGGAGAAAGGAAACGACACGGAGAACCUCGAUCAGCCCCCCUCUCCUGCCUCCACUACCAGCCAGGAAUCAAAGCUCCAGAAACUGAAAAAAUCACUCUCUUUCAAGACCAAAAGUUUACGGAGUAAAAGCGCAGACAACUUUUUCCAGCGGACAAACAGCGAUAUGAAGUUGCAAGUAGAUUUGCUAUCAGAAAUCAGCCCCAGAACUGGCCAGCUCCCAAAUCUGGAAAACCAGGCGUCCACACCAACCAAAGUCUAUCCCCAACAGGAAAGCAGCAAGUCUCACAUUUUCCAGGAACACAUCUUCAAGAAGCCCACUUUCUGUGAUAUCUGCAACCAUAUGAUUGUUGGGACAAAUGCUAAACAUGGACUCCGCUGUAAGGCGUGUAAGCUGAGCAUUCAUCACAAAUGUGCAGAGAGCAUUGGACAGCAGCGCUGCAUGGGCAAACUGCCCAAAGGUUUUCGCCGUUACUACAGUUCUCCACUUCUUAUUCAUGAACAGUUUGGCUGCAUUAAAGAAGUAAUGCCUAUAGCCUGUGGCAAUAAGGUUGAUCCUGUCUAUGAAACACUUCGCUUUGGAACCUCCCUAGCCCAGAAAACCAAGAAAGGCAGCUCUGGGAGUAACUCUGAUUCACCAAAGAGGAAUUCUACAUCAGACUUGGCAGAGGUUCCUGAGGAAGGUGACAGUCCAGGAAGCAUCCUUGACAUGAACAGGAAACGUAGUAAUAGUGUAUUCACAUACUCAGUAAAUGGUACGACAGACUUUGGAGAUGAACCGAAGAACAUAAACUCCCUAGCACAGGGAUCUCUUAAUAAAGACUCAAUACAGAUGAAUACCUACGUUGCCUUGUACAAAUUUGUACCACAAGAGAAUGAAGAUUUGGAAAUGAGGCCAGGAGAUAGAAUCACGCUUCUGGAGGACUCAAAUGAAGACUGGUGGAAGGGGAAAAUAGAAGACAGAGUUGGGUUUUUCCCCGCUAAUUUUGUCCAAAGAGUACAAGAAGAAGAAAAGGUAUUCAGGUGUAUCAGGACAUUUAUUGGCUGCAAAGAGCAAGGCCAGAUAACUCUGAAAGAGAACCAAAUCUGUAUGACUUCAGAAAAGGAACACGACGGCUUUAUCAAAGUAUGCAGUGGGAAGAAAAAAGGCUUUGUCCCCAUAGAUGUCUUAGAACACGUCUGAGUUUGCCUACUCAGCCACUGCCGUCGUGAAGCUUUGCCAGCAAGGCCUGCCUGCCUCAUCUCACACUGUGUCAACCCAAGCAAACUUUCUUCCAUAUGACUGGGGGGAUCAUGAGACAACCACAACGAUCAGUUGAUAUCAGACAUUUAAGCUGUUCUUGAGCAAAAAGAGAUGGUUCAUCAACAGCAAACUAUACAAUCAAGAAAGGAGCCAAACAAGAGUGUUUUGAAGCGUAGGAUGAGGAUGAACUGUUUGUUUUUUUAAAAAAAAUAAAAGCAGGAAAAAGUUGGAUGGUUUUUCUGAGCAAGGCUGCUAACAGUUACCCUGAUGGAAACAGACAACGGACUUGAAAGAUUCAAUUUGAACCCUGUUCACAUGUCUUAAGAUGUCUGUUGGGACUUUUUUCUUGUUUGCAGUAUGAAUGGAAAGGGGCUCAGACUUUUUCUUUGUUCUACAGUUUGACACUUGAAAUGUAUAGUGUGAGUCUGGUCCUAAAACGUUGUCCCCGGUAUUAGCAAAUCAGCAUAAUAUUUGGUUCUGACUUUAAGUUUUGUAACAAAACAGUUUGGGUGAAUUGUGCCGGCAUCUGUUUGAGAAACGUACUACAGCCUGGACUAAUUUAUCUGUGGUUUUUGAUGUACGUUACUGUUACAAGCUUGUACGUUCUUUGGUUUCCUUGCAUACGAGCAAAGAUUUCAGCACAUAUUGGAUGUAAGUGCUGUUAAGACAGCAGAUCAACAAGCACUGUUUUUCCAGUGCAGGCUGUUUUUCCAGUGGAGGCCUAGGAAGAGACUGCCUGAUCCCUACAAAAGAGAAAAAUACCAGAAGCAAGGAGCUGGUUUGCAGACAAGCUAGAUACUUUUUCUAUUUUUCUGCUAAAAUUAUUUGAGCGUGUGUGUGUGUGUGUAGCAUGAUUCUGGUUAUAUGGGUAACCAAUUUCCUUUCACAAUGAAAAAAGCAGAUUCACAGAAACUGUUGACUGGGGGGAAUCUUAUUGAGAUAACACAUUUGUGAAAGAAUGCAAUAUUUAAAAGACAAGGGAGUGGGCAGUUUAUCUAGAAGCACAUCUGUGCCACAGAGCACUAAAACCCUUUGAUUUCAAUAUGCUGGACUUGUGGCCAUGGAUGGCAACAACAGCUGUAAAGCCAGAAUAUCCCCCAGUGCUUCAGAUUCUGCUUUGAUACCCCAGCCAAGCAACACUCCUCUGAUUCCAGUCACACUGUAGGAAGGGGUCUGCCUUUGUGUGUGAGGCUGUUCAGACUAUUUUUGCCUAAGAGCUCUUUUGAAACAACACAAUUCAGAGUCACAAGUAGCUAUAUGCAAUUCUACUGGUGUCAGAUGUUUUUUAUUUUAAAUGCUCCCAGCUCCUCCCUUUUUAUUAACCAAUUAUCCAGCAAUUUUUAAAUGUGUUAAUAAGCUUUACCAACAAGUUCUUUUUAAAAUAACGUCCAUACACAGUUGUAUAGGAAAGGACAUAAGCAUAAAGGAAGGAUCAAAAGGGAUGAUUUACACCAUGAGAAAAAAGUGCAAGAGAUCAUAGAGAGUGAAGAGGGAAAUAAGCAGAUUGGCCUUUAUUCUCGGGUGAAAAAGCCCUUAGAGCACUCCAGCUCCUCAGCAUUCCACAGAACAAAUUCCAUCCACGCCUUUACUUUAGUCACUUGUUUUUGAGAACUGGCUGGCUGGCAACAGACAGCACACAGCCAGUCCUCGAGACGUGGCUCUUCAAUGCUCAAUUCUUGCCUUUCACUCCAAUCUGUGGCUGAAUCCCAGUUUGCUUUUCCUACCCGAAAUGGUGCAGUCAGGAAGUUCAAGUCCAUGUUUUUGUAUUUCGUAAAGGGCUGCUGACUCAGCAUGACUCCAUUUUUGGAUUUUGAAUCUGCAUCCCAAACCUGCAGUUACAUUUGCCUGCACGUAAAUGCUGAACAACACGCAUGCCUCACCAGAGCUACAGGAGCUCUGCGCUGGCUGACAGCUGAUUAGCUUGAAGGACGUUGCCUCUCACUAGUUGCAGUGGAAUUAGAUGCAGCUGAUGACCAUUCCGUCUGUUUUCUAGCUCUUGUAUAUGUAAAUAAAACCAACCCUUCGGAAGAAAAUUUCAUAUCUUGAGCAGUGACAAUGCUGGCAGUCUUUCUUAUAUGGCCUUUUUAAAUACAAAAAGCAUUUUUUGCCAUUCAGUUCAUUUUGCAAAGUGCAACCAGAUAGCUCAGUGUUCAGAAAUAAAGGUCUGUUACAAUCAGGGGCAUAGGGAGCUUGGCGGGGGGCAGGGGGCAAAGUCCGACUGGCAGACUUUGCAUCUGACGUCAGACAUGGGGGGGGGGUCAGUGCUGAAAACGUCUCAGCACUGACUCUGCCCCCGUUGUGUCUGACAUCAGAUGCAAGAGAGGGGCCAAUGCCAGGGAGGAGAGUCCACCCCUCCCCAGCAAGUGUGACACUGGCUGGAGAGGAGAUUGGCAUGCCUUGUGCUUCCAGCCAGCGAGCGCUUUGCUCACCGGCUGGGUGUGGGAUGCGGCAAGGGGGCUCCCUGGCCAAGGGUGAGCCUUGGGGGCCACCAGACCCUUGGGACCUAGGGACAAUUGUCCCCCCUUGCUUAAGGGUUGCUACGUCCCUGGUUACAACAAAGUGGAGAAUAGCCCAUCCUGCUUUACAACAUUGCAUUAUUUGAGAUUCAUCGAUUGGGGCGGGGGGGGGGGGGCGGUGGAAAUCCUGAAAUGCCUGUUGGAAAUCAAAACCAGUGCUAUGGUUUGUGUUUCUCUUGUUAGUGAAGACUAGGUAAAACAAUACAUGAUACAUCCAUCUGUACGUGCUGCUGUUUACUUGAAUGCAACAUACUGUGAUGUUAUCCUAUUUCAGUUGCUUCUGUUGUUUCAGUUUCUCCUUCAAUCCUGUCUCAUAGGAUAAAGAUGAAUAUUAAUUUUAGCUCACAAUGGCCUUUAAUCAAUGUUCAUUUUUUAUACUAAGCAAUAAAACAACAAUUGUUUUUUAAA